AAACAAUCUCGCCUCGCAGGCAUUUAGAAGAAACUUCGCGUGACAAUAAAAAAACACCGGUAGUUAUUAAAUUUGCAAGGAUUUGAUUGAAUUUAAUCAUGUUCGAACGGUAUUUGGCUGCAUUAGAAUAUCCUGCCGAAGGUGGCAUCAAUAUAGACGAUCCGAAGGAUUUCCGUAACAUUAUCCUCUGGUUGGAAGAUCAAAAAAUUCGUCAUUACACAAUUGAGGAUCGGGCUAGCCUAAGAAAGACUAACUCGGCAGCUGAAUGGGAUUCGGCUUAUGCAAAGUAUAAGCUGGAUUUGAAGUUUCCUACGGACUUCAAAUCCAAAGCUGAAGAGCUAACGUGGCUGUUUCUGUAUGCUAUAAAGUUGGAGUAUUCCGAUAAUGCCGAUCGCUAUCGAUCGUUGACCGCUGCACGCAAGCUAGAUGAAGAAAAGAAGGCAACAGCUGCACCGGAGAUUAAAUCAACUAAUCCGUUCGAUAAUAUAGACUUUACUAGUGCGGAUUUUGAGGAAGGUUCCCGAAAAUUAGCGGAAAAACUAGGAAUUGCUUACCAUCCCGAUCACCUGGUAUCUUUAAGAGCCUCCGGCCGGGUUAUAUCCACUAUGCUUAAUAAGGAAGUUCUGAAAGAACCGAUUAUCACGGGGAAACCGUUUCCCAUUGACGAAGGAAUCGGUAUGGGUUACGAAAAGGAUCCGGAUCUGGAAAAGGCGGCCCGUAUCCUGCGGUUGCUGCAGAUUCAAAGUGUCCGCAAGCUACAGACGGCAAUCAACGAGACGAUCGUAUCGGUGCAGAAUAUCACUGCCGAUCCACGGACGGAUACUACGCUGGGCAAGGUAGGGAUGAAGUAAGGCAUUUCAGAUCAAUAAGAGUAUGGGUCGCGUACCAUUUUUCGCUAAUUUAAUCGUGAAGUCAGUAAUAAAAAUUAACACUAAUCUUUCUCUGCAUCUUUUGGUUU